UUUUAUUAUUAUAAAAAUCUACGUGUGUUGUAUUAUUUCCUCUCUAAAAUAAAAAUAUCUAUUAUCUCUUCCUCAGUCCUCUCCCCGUGUCUCUGUCUCUUCCUGAACCGAAUCUAAUUGGAGAGAGGCUUCAGUCUGCCACCAACAGAAAUAGUUAUCGUCAAGUCCACACUCCACAUUGUAACAGAUCCAUGGAUCAUCGUCAUUGGCGCUUCUUCAUUAUGCUUUUCAUUACCGCAGCAAUAGGACUUGUUUCGUCGUUAGGGAUAAACUACGGCCAAAUAGCGAACAAUCUUCCUUCACAAGACGACGCCGUUGCGUUGGUGAAAUCCAUCGGAGCGACGAAGGUGAAGCUCUACGACGCAGAUCCACGCGUUUUGAAAGCGUUCGCGAACACCGGAGUGGAAUUAAUGGUAGGUCUGGGAAACGAGUACUUGUCUAGAAUGAAAGAUCCGAAACAAGCACAGGCAUGGAUCAAAGCCAACCUCCAACCCUACCUCCCAGCCACCAAAAUCACCUCAAUCUUCGUCGGGAACGAGGUUCUGACCUUCAACGACACCUCCCUAACCUCGAACCUCCUCCCAGCCAUGCAGAGCGUGCACGCCGCACUCAUCAACCUCGGUCUCGACAAGCAAAUAACCGUCACCACUACUCACUCCCUUGCCGUUCUCCAAACCUCCUACCCUCCCUCGGCAGGAGCCUUCCGUCCGGACCUAGCUCCGUGCCUAGCUCCAAUCCUGAGCUUCCAAGCCAAAACCGGAUCUCCGUUCUUAAUCAACGCGUACCCCUACUUCGCAUACAAGGCGAAUCCGAAGCAGGUUCCGUUGGAGUACGUGCUCUUCCAACCCAACGAGGGGAUGGUGGACCCCUCCAGUAACCUCCACUACGAUAACAUGCUUUUCGCGCAGAUCGAUGCGGUGUAUUCCGCGUUGGAUUCCUUGGGCUACGGGAAGUUACCGGUUCACAUCUCAGAAACCGGUUGGCCUUCUAAAGGGGAUCAAGACGAAGCCGGUGCGAAUCUCGAGAAUGCGAAGAAGUAUAACGGGAAUCUCAUUAAGAUGGCUAUGAGCAGCAGCAGCAGCGCCAAGAAGGGGACACCGUGCAGGCCCAAUGAGGAUUUGAACAUUUACGUUUUUGCUCUGUUUAAUGAGAACAUGAAGCCCGGCCCAGCUUCCGAAAGGAACUAUGGGCUUUUUAAGCCCGAUGGGACCCCUGCUUACCCCCUUGGCUUCUCUCUGGCUUCUGUGCCAGUCGUCGCCGGUAAUAACAAUACCGGCGUCGCAAGCACGCCGCCGCAACCAACGUCACCGACUUCUUCCACCGGCUAUUUGUCAAUUUCCUCUGCUUCCUCUCUGGAAAGAUGUCGUUUACUUGGGCGUUCUUUAUCCUUUUUGGUGCCGUUGGUGAUGGAGCUGUUGAUUUUGAAGUUUUGAGGAUUUGUGGGUUCAGAAUCCAAAGAAAGACACUGGGGCAUGGCAAUGGGGAGGAAGAGCAAAGGCAGAAUGAGAACGGAGUAAAGUGAGUACACGUCGUCUUUGCAGUGAGAUGUCGCUUACUGGUCUAGGAAGUAAAGGUAGUUGUUUCAGGAGCUUUUUCACUCCCCACCCCCGGGACUAAUUUUAUGUACUACAGGAAUAGAUACAUUGAUUGGUAUUUUUAUCAGACAUUAUUUCAUAAUAAUGUGAUACGAUCACAUUUUGCUUUGCAGUAUUCAA